AUGGAUGCGGACGAGAGCAGCGGGAUUGGCGGCGCGCCGUGGAGCACAAAUUUAUUCGACUGUUCGACCGACCCCAAAAGCUGUUACCUCGGUUGCUUCUGCCCCUGCGUGCUGUUCGGCCAGAACGUGCAACGGCUGCAUGGGCGGCAGUGCUUUGGCCCAUGUGUGAUGCACUGUCUGCUGGGCGGCUGCAUUGUGUGGGCGGCGUACAGCACUCUCGGCCCCGGUGCCUUCUGGUGCACGCCCAUCUCCUGCUAUGCCUGCAACUACCGCUCAGAGCUCCGGGCAAAGUACCACUUGAAG